AUGCUCUUACAGCACCAUGAUCGGCUUAAUUUGGAAAGUAGCAUCGAGGCUUCGUUCUGGGCUAUUUGUUUGGUUGCCUUCUAUGACAUGUUUCGGAAAUCCCACCUUUUACCCAUGUCGCCGACCUCCUUUGACCCGCGUAAGCAACUAACUAAGGCUGAUUUUAAAAUCUUCUCCUGGGGGGCUCUCAUUAAUAUUCGCUGGAGUAAGACCAUUCAGUUUCAUGAGCACGUUGUAGAAAUCCUACUUCCCCGCAUUCCGCGCGCUCCGUUAUGUCCAACUGCAGCCAUCGUCAACGCGCUUCGCUUUACGGCCUCGGGUUCUAGCACGUGCUCUCAGGCAUUUAACUGGUCGGACGACCGCCAGCCUGUUCAAGUUUUUUCCUAUGGAUCUUUUGUUUCUUUUCUGCGCACUCAUGCUACAUCGCUCAGUUUUGACCCUUAG